AUGGCAGCGUUAAGUCCCGAUGCGGCGAUAAUCGACGUGGAAGGUCAGCUGAAAGACAUCGUGCAAAACCUCUAUAACCUCAUCGUGCAAGCGUACGACCACCAUGGAAGCAAGACGCAGGAGGCCAUAAGGCGGGAGAUCCAGUCGCUCGUUCAGAACCUGGUUAAAUUGUCGAGGACAGCGCCGUCCGUGAACAUCAACAUUCCUCCAGAGGUCAUGUCCUACGUUGAGAACUCCAGGAACCCGGAUAUCUUCACGCGCGAAUUUGUUGAGACCGUGCAGCGAAUGAACCAGAUGCUGUACGGUCGCGUCGACGCAUACCGAGCGCUUCAAGAACAACUCGCCCUGCACGUCUCGAGCGCUAUUCCAGAACUCAGAGAAGACGUGACCUCUGUUGUCGAGUCUACAGGCGGCAAGAUGCGCGUCUAG